AUGUUCGCAGGGUCCGAUAUGACAUCUCUCGCUCUGACGUGGACAUUCCUUCUCCUUGCGAAACAUCCAGACUUGCAAACUCGUCUUCAUACAGAACUUCUCUUGUUCUUACAUGGCCAUAUGUUUCUGGACAAUUCAAAAAAGGAAGCCAAUGUCCACUCAUUGUAA